CCUUUUUUUUUCUUUUCUCGUGAAAAUGCCCGUGCUCUCUGCCACCGCGAUCGUCUCUCCCUGAGUUUCACGUAUCGGCGCCGUCACGCCCGUGAGACGGUCGCUAUCGCUAAGAAAACAAGAUUGAUUCGUCGAGCGGCAAUCCGGUGUCGGAAAGGAAAAGACGAGGUUCCGCGCACACCUGCUUCACUCGACGUCGAGCCGAAGAGGCGAGCGACAUUUCUGUGUAGAAAAUAGUCUCGUUCUUCGACAAGAUUUUGUGCGUGUGUGACUAGAAGGACAUUCCUGAAGCCCGUCGUCUCGUGAAGCUGCACGCUUGAACGAACAAACGAAGCCGGGGUUUUUGGACAGGAAGUGUUUGGAAUACGAGUCUGUCGAGGUCACACAGCAGGGAACCAUGGCAGCCCACCCAGACUCCGUGAUCCAGGAGUUGAGUAGGCUGCACAUCAGCCACAUGACACCCCAACAGUACUCGCCACUCAGGGGCAAGAAGAUCGCCCCCGUGGUGCCCCCCAAGCCCAAGAAAGUCACCCCCGCACAAGGGCUGCAUGGAAACUCUCACGUGCCAGAUGCAACAUAUGCCAACUUGUCAGCAACGCCACCUGUGAUGCCCUGCAAAGCAGAGCCACAGGCCAGCCCAGCCACGGCGUUUGAGAGGCAUGCCGUAGUAUCGGCCGCCGCGCUGGACUCGACUGACCCACUGCCCCCGCCUCCUCCCCCACCAACGCUCGGUCGAAUCCCGUCGUACUCUGCAUCGCAGCAGCAGCAGACUUGCCGCUCGGCCUCAUACUCCGAAGACCUGCCCCCGCCGUCGCCACCACGAUCACCCGACAGCCUGGCGUACGGCACGGCCCAGUCUUCGUCGGCUUCGUUCCACCACUUCAGGCCACAGUCGUCGGCGAGCACUUACGACUCGGGCUCCAUCUACGAGCCCAUCGUGCCGCGUCCUCCCAGCCAAAUGUCGGGCUACAGCAGCACGGGCUCGUCCCUCUAUUCAUCCUACUACCCGGGCCGCAUGGGCACCGGCCAUAAGCCCGGGAACCACCGUGGGGGCCAGGAGGCCGAGGUGGACCACCUAACCGACUUGCUUGUGCAGAGCAUGGAGAGCUCCGGUGAUCCAGAUUUCUUCGAGGAUGACGAACCACCGGUCAUUGGCAUGUGUUACAAAUGCGGAGAUAAAGUGCUUGGAGAAGGCAGUGGAUGCACUGCCAUGGACCAGGUCUAUCACAUCAAGUGCUUCACCUGCCACGUGUGCAUGAAAGAACUGAGAGGAAAGCCAUUCUUUGCUAUGGAGGGGAAACCUUAUUGUGAAGAUGACUACUUGAACACGUUGGAGAAGUGUUGCGUAUGUGAGAAGCCUAUUCUGGACAGGAUUCUACGCGCCACCGGCAAGCCUUACCAUCCGGCCUGCUUCAGAUGUGUGGUGUGCGGCCAGUGCCUGGAUGGCAUUCCCUUCACUGUGGACGCCACUAGUCGGGUCCACUGCAUUGAUGACUUCCACAAGAAAUUUGCCCCUCGCUGUUGCGUGUGCUCUCAGCCGAUUAUGCCCGAACCAGGCAAAGAAGAAACGGUGAGAGUUGUUGCCCUGGAUCGGAGCUUCCACAUCAACUGCUAUAGAUGCGAGGAUUGCGGACUGCUUCUCUCGUCGGAAGCAGAAGGCCGGGGCUGUUACCCGCUGGACGACCACAUCCUGUGCAGGAGUUGCAACGCACGCCGCGUGCAAGCCCUCACAUCCAGGAUGGUCUCGGAGCUUUGAGGUUCCCGCGGCUUAGCCGCUCAGCAUUGUGAUAAUUUUACACCCAAAGGGCUACGCAGUAGCGGCGGCGGUAACGAUGUCCAUUUUUAGUCACAGAUCCAAGCAGCUUGCCCACGGCUGCUCGUCGGGCAAGUGUGUAAAUGUGUAGCUUUGUGUACGCAUCAUUCCACAAAGAUGGUCGUUGGUUGCCUGUGGUUUUGCAGGCUUGCAUCUGUCAAGUUUCUCUAUACCAUUACAUGUCACAGUGGUUAAUAACUGCAUCAUCCAGUUGUGAAGGAUGACACUGUAGGUUCGUCUCCCAGUCAUGGUCAACAUCGCUGAGGCUAAGGUGGGUGUGGUGGCCAUAUGUCGAUGGAGGCAGAACGCAAAAAUGUUCGUGUAGUUCAAAAGAGCCCUGGGUAGUUACGCUUAACGUGUAGUCUCCACACUGCAACCAUCAAUUGCCAACCGUGCAGCUUUGGAACAUAAAGCACUGUAUCGUGUUAUGCUACACUAGUUAUAUCAUGCCUGAGCAACACCAGAAAAGAUGGUGCUUAGGCGUCUAAAUUUGUUCCUCAACGUUAUGUACCAACUAGCCCAGCAACAAGUUCGCCUAAGAUUUCAGUACUAGCUUCACCAAAAGUUUGCGGUGACCUGCCAUUCACCUUUGUAAGAUAGCUAUGCCAGCUGGAAUUCGCUCAAGACUUUCUGCCCUGCUAUUAUGAAUGCUAGGCUUAUUGAAAAGUAAAAUUUGGUUGUUUUUAGCUAAGAUAUUAUCUUCUGCUGGUUGAUAUCAGGAUCUCCUACAAAACUUGACAGAAUGUUCCAAGCAGCAACACGAUGCAUUAGAAUCAACCCAAAUGCCCCGCAUCACAAAAACGCACGUAUGCAAUUGGAUGGCACAUUCACACGAAUUACAGUUGUACAGCAGUACCAGGCCACUGUAGGCUGAGUGUGUCAUUUACAAUAGAUGAAGCCCAGUUGUAGUUCUUGGGUUGUCACUGACAAUAGCAGGCGUAAAGGGGGUUGACUGAGAGGCACUUUGCAAUUUUUUAUUUGUCAAUGGCUAGCCACUGCCGAAAAGCAGGAGUGUUUUGUACGUCACAACUAGUACUACCACCAUUAAGAAACCUAUACCAUUCAAAAGAAACAGUUUAAAAGUAGUAUUGAUAGAGUUUUGUACAUAUUCAGAUUGCAAGAUAUAUUACUGCGUCAAAAAGUCUUGAUUGACGAGAGUUUGUGAGUGAGCUUCUCUGCACGUCAGGGAUGCUGCCACACCUACAGUGUGAAAGAGCAUAAGGAAUUUAGGUGUUAAUCACAUUGUGUGAUUGCACAUGGUAAAUGUUAUUUUCAUUUCCUUAUUCAGAAAGGGCUGUUCCUCUUGCUACAUAAGCACUUGUUCGCGAGCUUUCCAGCGGCGUCCGAUUAAAGCGCUGCUCGUAUCUGUGCUGUGCAAUGUAAUCCAGACUGGCUGAGGAUGCAACGGAGUCUGAAAAUUAUUAUGAAGAGUGAAAUGUCUACAAUUUAUGCCCUGUACUACUACUCAGUGUCGCUAAAAAAAUGUAAAUAUCACGGAAGUACCAUGCCAUGUACUCAGAUUUCUAAGGUCAAUAAAGAACAGCGCCCAUGU